CCACCACCACGACUCAACCCCCCCCCCCCCGUCCAUCCUUUUAGACUACCACCCAUGCGUCUAACACCGAUCUUCAAAUGAGGCUGGGCUUUGGGAUCCAAAAGUACCAUAAGCCCCGAUUUCAUCCUGUCCCAUUUCUACUAAGCUGGCCGUCCUCUCCAGCUUUCAUAUGCAAAGGUUGUUCACCACCUUCUCGCCCUCACCUACACCCUCCCACUCUGCCGCCUUCUUCUCUAUUUGUCAUUCUCUAGCAUGCGUCCCCAUGCCACCGCCUAAUCCCUCUUCACGCCCACUUUCGAGAUGAUGCUCACAGCCAACCAGCCAGUUCAUCACGGGUACCGGCCUGUCCAUGACCUACCGACGCCGCCUCGAUCCUCGCCCCCCCUGACUGUUCAGGACUCGUACCAGAAAUCACUUGCUACUCUUCCCCAGAAGCAGAGUCCAUCUACCAAGCCCAUGUCCGCACCUCACCGUGGCCUGCCUCUCCCGGCAGCCAUGACGCUAACUCAACCGCCGCCGCCGGCUCCGGGCCCUCCUCACCCGGCAGCCCCGGGGCCGUCUCUGCAUUCCCAGGGAGCACCAGCGCCUCCUCAGCUAGGCCAGGCUCUCGGUGCGUUGCCUGGGCCGCCUCAGCAUCCGGGUUCGGAAGACUCGAUGAGAAACUGGCUGGUGGCCAAGGCUGAGGAGGAGAAGAGGAGGCAGGAAGAGGAGAAAACACGGCAGGAAUCGCUGCGUCUGGAGCAGAGGAAGCUCGAGUUUGAGAUGCUCAGAACGUCGUUAGACAGGGGCAUACCACCGGCGAUGGUGCCCAUAGUUUUCGCUGGGAUGGGUGGUGGAACACUUUCGCAGGUCGCCGUCGAACUGGCCCAGCAAUAUCUAGCACCGCAACAAGCACAUCCGGCACAGAUCAUGCCCGCUCAAGGGGCGCUGUCGCCGGAGAGCCGAAGGGAGUCCCAGCAGUAUGGGGGACAGCAGUACGGCGGCUCAGUAGGCGUUCCUUCGACGCCGGGCGCCGGAGCCGGCUCCCAGCCCAGCUUCGUCUCCUAUCAGGGGCCGGGCUCUCCAGCGCGGCCACGCGCGCACACGAUGGGCGUAGGCAGCGCCGUGGGGAGGCCGUUGGCCGGUUCUGCCCUCCCUAGAAUAAGCACCGGCGAAGGAGCUGCCGGCCCGUCCGGCAUCGCUCAUCCAGGGCACGCACUGGCACAGCAGCAGGCUGCGGCGCCGCAACAGGAUACACAGUCGCCCUCGAUCUACUUCCACCAUUGGCAACCACCAUCUACGCAGGGAGGCUCUAACCAGCCAGGAACGCCUUCUGUGGACUCGCCGAAGAAACGAAAAGCGACCGGUCCCCAGCAACCAGCACCUCCGCCGACUCAAACGCGCUUCAGAUCUCCACCUCUCGGGCAACACGGCGGACCGUCGACGUUGCCAAACCCGCCGCCUGGCCGCCGACGAGGUCAUUCGCGACAGGGAAGCGACAUCUCGUCCUACCGGUCCAUGGGGCGCGGCCGAACUGAGGGAUUUGUUCCGCAUCCUAGGCUCUCACCCAGCCUCGGCGCGUCGAGAGAGACGGCAGUAGCUGAAUCAUCACAGCAAUCUAGGAGCGCGGCCCAUUCGGUUUCAUCCCUAUUAUCCGAUCAACCAUCGCCGCGGUACGCGUCAGAGAUGAGGCCGCAGCGGGGCGAGAGCGAGCGACGAAAUUCGCCGGUGGCAUCGGAUGAAAGGUCGCGUGGAGGGACUUCGGGGCCAGGAUCUGCCCCGGGUCCCCUGGGCCCUGGACGAGAAAAUGAUUAAGGGCGCAGUUAUACGUGAAUGGCGUCCGCUGGUGUUUCAGCCUCUCGAGACCGGAUAUUAACACAUGCAUCCUGCUAAAGUAUUCGAAACGAUCUCUAUUCAUUUUCGCGCCGAUCCGUUCCUCUUUUCGUCUGCCAUUUCGUCUUUGCUUUCGGGGAUCUUUUUGUUUUAUUUUCCCUUGUGCUCGGAGCAACGAGGUCAUUUUCAGCAUUUGCCUCUGUCAAUUUAACUAUCGACAGAAUUCAUCUUUUCCACAUUCUCCCCCCCCCCCUUACCCCCCUCAAAACCUUGGACUAGACGAGGCGAUCGCAGGCACAAGGCGUAAAAGCCAAGGCCGACACGCUAAUUCUCGACGCAUACACAUUCACAUUCACCCACACACAUACACACACGAACUGUUUACCACACAGUCCAGGGUGGCUUGGUCU